AGCUCCGUUCCACAGUCGCUUUUUGCAUCUGACGCGCGGCGGGCGGAUGCGGCCGGCCACCGAGAGCGCGAUAUGCACGAACGUGUCAUGUGACACGCGUGACAAGUGGUGCGCGCUACGGCGUUGCUGCACACGACGCCUGACGGGGACGGUUAUCGGGAUAGAAGGAGACCGAGAAGGCGUGACAAAGAGAGAGAUAGAUAGCUCGAGAGAGAGCAAGAGAGGGGGUAGGGGAUAAGAGACGAAAGAAAAUAAACCGUUUUCGUGUGUAUAUCCUCGGUGCUUGCUUGAGAUCACCGGUGUCGGUUUAAUGUUAUUGAUGGACUGAUAUUUCCUUGCAAUUUUGUGGUGCCUCUUGUCCCGUUGCCGAUACGGUACGGUACAGGUGUGCGCAAUUAUGUUACCGGUGCGACACGACGGCAGCAUUAACGGACGACGACACGCUGUUAAUUCCGUCAUCUUCGAAACAUCGGUCAUCGUCAGCAUCGGUAUCGUCGUCGUUGGCCGCAUCAGGAGAUUCCUCGACACACCCAUCGUCGUGAAACACGUCGGUGCCGUCGGAUUCUUCGCGAACGGUUAGGCUCCAAGAGCUCUCUUCUCUUCUUUGUGUUACUAUCCGUCCCACUUUGUCCUUAGGAGCAAAAUAUUUGGGGUAACCUGCGGGGAACACGGCCGUGAUUUUCGGUCUUAGGAAUGCGGGAACGGGUGGCGAGGGAAAGCGGUGGUCUGCGCUCGAGGUGGUUGAUCUUUCUGGUCGCGGUGAUAGCAGCGGUGCGGGUCGCGGGUGCACCCUCGAACAUACUGUCAUCGGUCACAUCAGCCACUUUACAAAUAAAAUGUCCCGGUGGUUGCUACUGCAGGGACAUCAACAACGGUGGCACCCUGUCAUGCGAGGAGCGCAGUUUCCUCGGUCUUGGCUUGCCCCGAAAUAUUACGACCGUAUGGUUGAAGAAUGUUCAAGCGGCCGCGAUUCCAGUGUCCGCUUUAGAGGCAUCCGUAGGGUUGCGAAGUCUGACGUGGACGUCAAGCGGUAUCGAGAGCGUAGAAUCUGGUGUGUUCCGUACCAUCCCGCAUCUCGAGCGACUCGAUCUAGGUGAUAAUCGGCUGUCCGAGCUGCCAUCGGACGUCUUCCAUCCGUUGCAUCAACUCCAGUACCUGAACCUCACCGGCAAUCGGUUAGUCGCGCUGCCGCAGCUGCUGUUUGACGGCCUGAAUCGUCUUCGGGAUAUUCGUCUGGAGACGAAUCUACUCUCCGUACUGCCUUAUCAGGCGUUCGCGCCCGCUCGAGAGCUCAUGCGACUUGAUCUCAGUGGUAAUCUUUUGGUUUCGCUGCCGGAUCACAGUUUUCAACCGAAUCAACAAUUGCAGGAGCUACGAUUGGCCCGUAACCGAUUGACCAAACUACCGUCUCGGUUAUUUUCUGGCUUGACUCAACUAAAAGAGCUCGAUCUCGCUAACAAUGAGAUCGACACGUUGCCGCGUGGCCUUUUCAGCGACCUCACGGCCUUGGAGCGCCUCAACCUCGAAAACAAUCCAAUCACACGUUUUACCGACAUCGCGUUUCAAGGCCUCGUCAAUCUACAAUGGCUCAGACUGAGUGGUUUGCCAAUCUCAUCGCUACCCGCGAAUGUGUGGCGACCCGUUAGCAAACUGAGGACCCUCCUGUUAUCUGAAACUAAACUGGAGAAUCUCCGGAAUGGGAAUCUAGCGGGUCUGAUGGAACUGGAAAGUUUGGAGAUCACUAAUAGCCAGUUGCGCGAGAUCGGUCAAUUGACUCUAAAUGAGACACCAUCUCUACGUAGAAUCGACUUGCGGAAUAACGAUCUAACGUUUUUACCGGCGAAUGUAGCGAAUUUACCGCUACUAGAAGAGCUACAGCUGCAGGGCAAUCCAUGGGCUUGCGAUUGUCGUAUGUUCUGGUUUCUCAAGUGGGCGGAGAGCAGGACGCAUUUACAAACGGCUUUCCAAAGUGGAUUGAAAUGCGGCCAUAAAGUGGAUGGCACUGUCGACAUCCUGCAGACAUUAAGUUACCUCAAGUGUAGUCGGCCAAUUUUGGUGCGAGCUACCAAUACCCAGCAGUAUCUUCUCUUAAGCUCAGUAUUGCUGGAAUGUGAGUUCAGCGGAAAUCCUGCGCCUUCCUUGACCUGGGUCACUCCGAGCGGCCUGGUUUUCCACUGGAUGCCGGAUCCGGCCUUUCCCGAUGCCUUCGUCGAACAUCCGCCCGUACACAGUUGGUUGACGAACCAGCCGAUCGUUGACGAUCAUCGCAUACGUGUUCUGGAGAACGGUUCUCUUUAUAUCACAAAGUUGUUACGGCAAGAUGUGGGCAAGUACAAAUGCACGGCAGUGAAUCCGAUCGCAAAUGAGACUAUCUACGUAACGUUACACAUGGAUCCGGUAACCUUGAAUAAUAUAAAGCUCUUCAGCAUCCUGGUCGGCGCAAUCUGUGCUGUGGUGUUUCUUCUAUUGACAUUGUUGCUGCAACUACUGCGGUACUUGUUGUUGAAAUGUGGAUGCGUCAAAUGGUGCUUGUGUUGUAGACGUGUAGGAGUAACGCCGCGAGCCAAGCAAAUCUACCAGAUGCUUGACAACAUUGAGCAGUACAAGAGCCAACAGCUUGAAAGACUGAGGGAAAACUAUACCCAGCAGGUGCACAGAAUUAAAGACAACUGCGCUCAGCAAGUGGAAUGGAUUCGCGACAGCUACGAAGGUCAAAUGCAACAUAUACGGGAUAUACGGGAUUAUGGUACCAGCCACCUGACCGCGCUGAGAGAUCAGUAUUAUGAUCAGGUAAAGAGAGUAAGGGAUUACUCCACUAGCCAGCUAAACUGGGUGCGCGAGAAUUACGUCUUCCAACGGAACAAAAUCCGUAAGUUCAGCGCUCAUCAGGUAUUGCGAUUGAGAGAGAGCUAUAAGUAUCAGCAGCAGACGCUAUCCAAAGUAUUGGAAAAUUUGCCGAAUCUAUAUUUCGAUAAUUGCCGGAGCGGCUCGUGUGGCAAAAGCGAUUCCAUGGUGUUCGACCCGAAUAAAGACGAUCUCAGUGGCAUGGAUACGUAUUUCAAGGCGAAGAUUGAUGAUCUAACGGCGGGACCGAGUUUAGAAGAUGUUAAUAGUGAAUAUUAUACGCCAACUGAGCUAUCAUCGUCUAGUCCACUUGGUCAAAAUGUAAUGGAUGGCAUUCACAUCAACUAUAUCGAGAAGAGUGGUCCACCACCGCCACCUCCGGGACUCGUCUCAAUGUUAUCUACUUCGACGAUGUUACAAUGUAUCGACGAGUAUGACAGCACGUUAUCCAUAUGUAGCAACUAUGAAAACAGCAACAAGCCAAUUUUUAGAGGUUCCAAUAAUACAAAUAUUCUGGCCAAAGAAUCGCGAAGACAGAUUCCGGAAGCCCUGGGACUUUUAAUACCUAGCAACAGUCUACCUGAUCUUCCACGCGAGACUAAACUCUAGCCGGUAGUGCGUUAAAGCAGUCAAGAAUGGGUUCCUGCUUUAGUUUAAAUUAUGAGAAACAUAGAGAGAAACUGUACUCGAGUAAUCGAUAAGGUGAGGUGGAAGGAUAAUCGUCAUUCUGCUCGAUAAGUGGGAAAUUGGUGUCUUCGAGAAAACUAUUCGAAGCUUCUUCCGGUUGUACGACUAAUUCGAAUAGAAUACCCUAGAAGACAGUUCGAGAACUCGUGUGUCAGUGCCAAGGAAACGAAAGAAUCUUCUUCUGCAAAGAUCAAGACUGUCGAUUACAAGUGCGUGGGUGUGCUAACUAGAAGAACAAAAAAAAUUGCGGACAGUUUCCAAGGACUCUCUUGGUAUAGUCGACCUUGCAAUCUGUCCGUCUUGUCAAGCAAUGUGUCCUUUUCAGUGCGCUAUCGUUUUUAGAUGAUCAAUAGCAUCCAAGAAGAUGAUGGAAUAAAGAUAAAAUUAUGCAAAUUAUGCAUUACGCGCUUCGAUCAUAAAUUAAUUUCCUUUAGAAGCUCGAGACGAGAGAAAAACAAAAACUUUAUCUAGUUGUCAAUUCCAUAAGUCUUAAGGUUUCCGCGAGGAAUCAUUCUUAACUUUUUGUAAAUAGAAAUGCGUGAAAGUUUCAUGUAUCAAUGUCCGCGAAAAAAAAAAAUUCGGAUUCUAUUCUCUAUUGCGAAAGACUGAAAACAAUGAGAUCGAUUCGCGUACAAUCACUCAUUUUAAUUUCUUUCUCUUUCUUCGUCUCGAUUUCCUCGCGAGUAAUCGAAAAAUAGUGCAGAACGCUGAUUGCGUUUGCUCACAUCCUUUUUUUUAAUCGCUUAUGAUUAACGUAGUUGAUUACAAAUUGUUUGAGAUAUAAGAGUGUAUAUAUACACACACACGCGCAUAUAUAUAUAUAUAUAUAUAUAUAUAUAUAUAUAUAUAUAUAUAUAUACAUAUAUACAUGUGUGUCUUAUCGAAGAGAGAAAAGAAAGAAACGUAUAUAUCGGAAAAUAUAACGUACGUACUUAAUUUUUUAAUCAUUGUAGGAACAUAUCCAACUGUUUAUUAUGAAAAAAAAAGAAGAAAUUAUAAUACAGAAAUUAUUGGCUGUUAGAAUUUUUGGAAUAGAAGCACCGCUUCUGAAAGAAAUUGUAUGUAUAGUUUUAGUUGCAGUAAAAGUGCUAUUAUACAAGUUUUCCAAAAAUGCGUUCCUUUGUUGAAUAAAUCUUGACGAACCGUCGCGAA